GAAUUAUGGUGAAGAUAAAUGAUUCCCCCUUUUUGCUGAAGACCCCCUGGAACCCCCUCAAGGACCACUGGGGGUCCCCGGACCCCAGUUUGAGAACCACUGCUAUAAAACACUGUAAUGGCUUUGUUUUGAAACUUGUGAGCGGAAGUACUAGUGAGCACAGACAGUCUGUGCAGCGUCUCCCUGCAGCCUCUGAUAAAACGGUUUUGUGCAGACUUUGUCCUGCAUCACUUCCUCCUUCGCAGCACUGUGCAGUAGGCGGGAGGUGUGAGGAGCCCGGCUCUUCACUCCUUCAUGCUGCUCUGGAGCCAUGGCGGAGCGGACGGCUCCUGCCUGCAGCAGCGACUACACUGCUGACGGCUCCUAAAGUUUGACACACAUCUUCUGCUGAAGCUUGUCACAGAUGGCCGGUUUAACUUUUCACUAAAUGGCAUGUACCUGACCUCCGUGGGAUCAUAGCAACGCAGAGUUUCUGCUUUUUCUUCUUCCAGGACGUCCGUCCUGUAGCCGUCUGCCCCCGGCGUAAAUCUGGCGCACUGUCCCACAGCGGCUGACAGAGCGCCUCUUUAAUAUUUCAAAUCCGAGUCAGUGGAGGUUAACAUGGGGGCGAAGCAGAGCAGCCCGGCUGCUAAUUCAGCUUCUAACGGACGGACCAGAGCGUACUCCGGCUCGGACCUGCCUUCCAGCACGUCCAGCAGUAACGGGAAUAACGUUAGCAGGACUGCCACCGGGGGGGUGAGGUACCAUGCGUACAGUGCGUCCGGAGCCUCUGGAGCCACGUCCAGCACCAGCCAGCACAUCGGAGCCAGGGCCAGGUCUGCGGGGGGCUCCGGAGGCUCCGGGACCAGACACCAGUCCGGCAUCAACAUACCGAACAGCAGCGGAGCCUACAGCUCCCAGGAGUCCGGCGGCAGCAGCCCGGAGGAGGCGGCGGACAGGGAGCGCCGGCUGCUGAUAGGUUCAUUACCAGCACACCUCUCGCCUCAUCUGUUCGGAGGCUUCAAGUGCCCUGUGUGCUCCAAGUUUGUGUCCUCAGAUGAGAUGGAUCUUCACCUGGUCUUGUGUUUAACCAAACCCAGAGUCACAUAUAACGAGGACGUCCUGACCAAGGAUGCAGGAGAAUGUGCAAUCUGCCUGGAGGAGCUGGUACAGGGGGACACCAUCGCUCGCCUGCCCUGCCUCUGCAUCUACCAUAAAGGCUGCAUCGAUGAAUGGUUUGAAGUGAACAGAUCAUGUCCAGAGCAUCCAUCUGAUUAAAGCUUUUUUUGCACAGGUACCCACGUUGAGCGAGAUCUACUUCAUUAGCACCAAAAUGAAGUGUGGAUCCAGGGAGACUGCUGGACGCCGUGACCACUGUGAUCAGUUUAACCCCACCCAAUAAUGUAGUACCACGGUGUGCCAAAUCUCAUUUAAGCAAUCUUCAGGGAUACAGACUUUUCUGUUUAUGUUUGAGUUGCACAUCCACGCUCAGUCUCAGACCGGACGGACCGAUCCGCUGACUGAUACUCACCUCGCAUCCUCCCCAGCCCUGACGGUCAAAGACACACGGGGCGUUACGACAGGCAGGGCUCUCUCAGACAGCAGACGUCAGCUGAUUGUAUGCCAGGACACCGGAGGAGGUGGACAUGGUCCUGGAGGUGGGGGCAGGGUGGAGGGAGGGUGGAUUAUCCCUCUCCCUUCUUACUCUGUCCCUCCCCUCCUCCUUCAGCAUCAGUGUCUAGCAGUGCCUUGUUGUCAUGCCCAGCUGCAGCAGGGUGGUGGAGGGGGAGCAGAACUAGCUGGACAACUGCAUGGACCUGCAGGACCAUCUCACCUCCACUGCCAUUCUACCAGUCCAGGAGAAACAAGCCAGAGACAUGACAUGUUGCUCACAUUUUCAGAAAAGCUGCAUCAGCUCAGACAUUUUCAGAACUGAAGCUGUUGCAACAAUGGUGCCAAUCAACUGUGAAUAUUGUCAAACACACACACACACACACACACACACACACAUAUAUAUAUAUAUAUAUA